AUGUCUGACCAGAGCACCAUGGAGGACAACAGUCAAGAAAUCCAAUUCUGCUUUCCAAACAACAAUUUGUCGUGUUUCAAAGAAAUCAAACAUGAAGUGGAGUAUGUCAUUUUGUACACGUUCAUUGCUUUAUUAUCAGUGUUCACUGUAUUUCUGAACCUGCUGGUUAUCAUCUCCAUCUCUCACUUCAAGCAGCUCCACACUCCAACCAACCUGCUCAUUCUGUCUCUGGCUGUGGCAGACCUGAUCGUGGGACUGAUUGUUAUACCCUUAAUGGGCAUCAGAUUCAUAGAAUCAUGCUGGUACUUUGGAGAGACAAUUUGUUUUCUUCUUUUAUUCAUAAUUUUUAUGGUUGUUACAGCAUCUCUUGGUAAUUUGUUAUUUAUAUCUGUAGAUCGUUACAUUGCUAUUAGUGACCCUUUGAGAUACACAGUAAGGGUCACGACUGAAAAAGUUGUUUUUUGUAUUAUUGUAAAUUGGUUGUGUUGUGGCAUAUAUUCUGUCAUUAUCUUACACAAUACUAUGUUCUACCCAGAGACACAUGACAGGUGUUAUGGAGACUGUAGAGUAUAUUUUAAGUUUGAACAUUUUGUCACAGAUCUCAUAAUCACGUUUGUUGCCCCUUCUUCUGUAAUCAUGUCUAUAUAUGUGAAAAUCUUCUGUGUUGCAAAAUACCAGGCCAAGGUUGUAAACUCUGUCACGAGUGUCAGCAGAUCACAAAGAAAGGCAGGAAAAACUUUGGGGAUUGUUGUUGCCAUUUUUUUCAUGUGUUGGAUACCUUACUAUGUGGUCAUCCUUACUGAAGGAAAUGAGUCAACAGAAUCAGUUGAACUUAAUGUAACGUGCUGGAUUUUGUACAUGAAUUCCUGUAUGAAUCCGCUUAUCUAUGCACUGUUUUAUAAAUGGUUUAGAAUAUCAGCAUUAUACAUUGUUACUCUAAAAAUAUUUAAACCAUCAUCUGAAUACUUAAGUCUUUUCCCAGAGGAUAAAUGA